AUGGAACCCCGCAAUCUCUUGUUUGUUGUGGCUGGAUGCUUUGAUUUGGACUAUGAAAGCUGUGUAGAAGACUCAGCAGAGAGAAGCUCAACCUUUGCUUGUGAUAAGGCUGUGACUGAGCCUCAGAGUCAAACCAGGAAGAGUAGAUUAUUGAACACACCUAUUGUUGACACUAAAUUUGUAAUGAGUAACUUGAAGGAUAUCAGCGUCAUUCGGAAACCUAUGCAAAAGGAUCUUUUCUCUGUCUCAGAUGAAGAAGAAAUGUUCACUCCAAGUAAGAAAAACCUGGAAGUUCAAAUACUAGAUCCGGCGAAAGCUUUGAGGAGUAUGUUAGCAGUAGCUUAUCAUCCCUCUUCUAUCCUUGGCAACGCAAAUUAUUCAAAUUUGAAAGCAGCAUAUUCAUUCUACAACGUAUCAACUGCAACCCCUUUGCUUCAGCUGAUGAAUGACGCUCUCAUUGUAGCAAAACAGAAGGAUUUUGAUGUUUUCAACGCUUUGGAUGUCAUGCAAAACGAAACCUUCUUGAAAGAGCUGAAGUUUGGACCUGGCGAUGGUAAACUUCAUUAUUAUCUUUACAACUACCGAGUAAGGCAAGCGUUGAAGUCAUCAGAGUUGGGGCUGAGAUAA